GUAAACACGAGCGCUCGAACGCAGGAAUGUUUGCCGUUUCUUUUGUGCCUCAGACCACUCCAUGUCGUUUGCACGGUGGAUCCCGUUGUGACCUCUCCAUCCUCGCUUCACUCCGGCACCGCCAUCGUCCUCAGAUUCGUUGUUCGUUGGGGAAGCGAAUCGGCAUGGCUGCUCGAGAAUGCGGUAAUGGAUUGUUGGAGCUCAAAGCAGAGGGGAAGAAUCAGUACGCGGAGGCAUUGGAUGCUUUGUCUUCGUUGAUCACGAAGCGUAGCCGUGCUGAUAAGAGCAACAAGGGAGAUCGAUUCGAGUUGGUGUUCGAUUAUUUGAAGAUACUUAACCUGGAAGAGGAGAUUUCAAAGAUGAAAGUCAUCCAUGUUGCCGGUACCAAAGGGAAGGGAUCCACAUGCACCUUUACAGAGUCUAUUUUACGUAAUUAUGGCUUCCGAACUGGACUUUUCACCUCACCUCACCUCAUCGAUGUCCGGGAAAGAUUUCGCUUGAAUGGGGUGGACAUAAGCGAGGAGAAAUUUUUGACUUAUUUCUGGUGGUGCUACAACAGGCUAAAGGAGAGAACUAACGAGGAAACACCAAUGCCUACAUAUUUCCGCUUCCUUGCAUUGCUAGCUUUUAAAAUAUUCGCCGCAGAGGAGGUGGAUGUUGCUAUUUUGGAGGUGGGAUUAGGUGGGAAGUUUGAUGCAACCAAUGCGGUUCAGAAGCCGGUGGUAUGUGGUGUUUCUUCUCUUGGAUAUGACCACAUGGAAAUUCUAGGGGAUACACUUGGGAAAAUUGCUGGUGAGAAGGCUGGAAUUUUCAAGCGUGGAGUUCCAGCUGUCACAGUACCCCAACCUGAUGAAGCUAUGUGUGUCCUUGAAGAGAAAGCCUCUGGGUUAGAUGUGAAUCUCCAAGUGGUGCAACCGCUGAACGAAAGACUGUUGAAUGGCAAGAAACUUGCGCUUGAUGGUGAACAUCAGUAUCUAAAUGCUGGUUUGGCAGUUUCUCUAGCCUCUACAUGGCUGCAGCAAGCUGGUAACCUUAAAAUUGCCGGUCUGAAUCAGAUGAGUGUCCUGCCUGAGCAGUUCAUCAAAGGGUUAUCUACAGCCAGUUUGCAGGGACGGGCACAGGUCGUUCCUGAUCAAUUUACCGAAUCAGGAAAUGAGGGAGAUCUGGUCUUUUAUUUGGACGGAGCUCACAGUCCCGAAAGCAUGGAAGCAUGCGCAAAAUGGUUUUCACUUGCGGUAAAGGGAGAGAGUCUGAAACAUUUGGCAAAUAUCUCUUCAGGAUCCACUCGUGAUUCUGUAGAGAGAGAGUGUGAUAAAAACGAAUCUGGAAAAAGUCACCAACAGAUAUUGCUGUUCAAUUGUAUGUCAGUUCGGGAUCCACAUUUGCUUCUUCCACAUCUGAAGAAUACAUGUGCGAACCAUGGUGUACACUUCAAGAAGGCCUUGUUUGUGCCGAACAUGUCUGUGUAUCACAAGGUCGGGACCCAUGAUACAUUGCCGGAGAAUGAUUCCCAGGUUGAUUUGUCUUGGCAAUACAAACUGCAAAAUGUGUGGGAAAGCCUCGUUCAUGGCGAAAGAGGGAAAGACGGCAACAAUGUGGAAGAUAGAGGGAACGAAAACAGCAUGGUGAUGUCUUCUCUACCUCAAGCGAUGAAUUGGCUCAGGGAGAGUGUCGGUCAGAGCGGAUCGUCCAUUCGUCUCCAGGUACUUGUAACGGGUUCGUUACAUCUCGUGGGAGACGUACUGAGAUUAGUCAGAAAAGGAUGAGAGGAGAACAACACCUUCGGACAAAUUUCACAUUUUCAAGUCAAACAAAUACAAUACACAAAACACGUAUGAGGCAGGUCACCUCUUUUUUACCUCUGCGUCUUUGUUUUGUCUCAAUCUUCAUGUUGCAUCUGACAGGUUACAAAGCCUGUCCUACAGCUCCGGGCAUUUAUCCUUGUUCUUUUUGUUUCCCCUUUCAGAAGGAUACGGUGUAUUAUUGAUAUUCUUUGCUGUUUUCCCAUGUCAACAUGGUGCAAUGGCUUCCAGCCUUUCCUGAACACACAGUUGUACGAGGAUGGAGAUUGUGAUGGCCCUUUUUUUUAUAUUAAAUUAUACCAAUAUGGGGUGUUUACACAUAUAUCAAAAAUAGCUUCCUUCCAUUA